CCCAUCUCACCACCACCACCACCACCCACAACGUCGUCCCCUUUGCACACGCACGCGCACAUCGCAAACGUAACAGCAGACCACUCCGUCUCACGCACCAUGGCUGACGAGGUCGAGAACAUCCCACCGCCUCCCGUCGACGCAUCCGCAUCGUCGGAAGCCAAGUCGCCUCCCCCUGCUUCGUCCUCUGAGGCCAGCGCACCGGCCGACGACUCGACGCCUAGCAAGAGCAGCACGCCGACGAACAAAGUCGCAGGGACUGCGGCUGGCACUGCCAAAGUCAAGACGACGGUUCCACCAGGCAGAACGCCGACGACAGCAGCAGCAGCGGGCGCCGCGCGACCUGGAGUCGCCAAGACGGCUGCCAGACCUAGCGCCGCUGGAUCGGCCCUCAAUCGAAGCGUUGGACCUGGCGCCAGCACCACGGGAGCUACACGUACCGCUGCUCGUCCAUCCGCUGCUGCUGGCACAACCCCUGCUUCGCGAGUGGCUGCUGGAAGUGGACCCGCUCGUGGUACAGCUACCGCGGGGCGCCCUUCAGUCGCUGGCUCUGCGCGCCCACCAGUCUCAUCGGCUACCUCUCGUACUACAACCGCUCCCCGACCAUCUGCUCCCUCAAGUGGGUCGACCACCGGCACUUCUCGCGCCACUCCUUCUAACACCACAUCACCCGUCAAGAAGCCUGCCAAUACCUCCUCUGCUCGUCCUUCCAUUGGUGGAGCUUCAGCUACGGCAGCCAGCCGCGCAACAGGAGCAACCGCCGCCGCUGCCGGCCGCCGCCUGAGCGUCACGAGCAACAGCACCGCUGGUGGACCGCGAUCGAGCACUGUUGGGACGGGCGCAACGAGGGCAACGCCGUCUGCACGACCCUCAGCUACUCCCUCUGCCGCUGCCGGAGCCACAGCAGGUGCAAAGAAGGUCGUGACCGCCUCGGAACUCAAAGAGAGGCUGACUGCAAAGGAAGCAGAGCUCACCGAGGCACAAGAGCAGCUCGAGACGCUCAAGGCUGAUCUGGAAGCCAAGGAAACGGAGUUACAGGAGAAGAUGCACACUCUCAGCGCUGCGGAGGCCAAGUCCACCCCUCAAGCUGAUGAAGAAGAGAUCGAGUUGAAGGAGAAUGGUGGUCAGAGCAGUGAAGAAGUCGAGGCCGCGACGCAGAAGACAGAAGAGCAGGCUCGCCGCAUUUCUGAGCUUGAAGGAGAGCUCGAAAAAGCCAAAGCUGAGGCAGUGGAGGCGAAGUCUGCGGGCGAGGAGGCAAGCGGCAACGUCAACGACGAUAAACUCGCUGAAGUCGAAAAGCAGCUCGGGGAGACCAAGACUGCCCUCGCUGAAGCCCAGGCUGCUCUUCAAUCUGCCGAGCAUGACAAGGAGCAGGCGUCAAAGGCGAACGAGGAGCUGACGAGUGCUCGUGCUUCGGUAGCCGCGCUGGAAAAUGAAGUCAGCCAGCUCAAGGCAAAGCACACUGAGCAUCAGACGACCGUCGAAGGCCACGGCGGGGAAGUCGAGGCUCUGCAGGCCAAGAUCGACUCUCUCGAGACUGCACUUCAUGAAGCCAAGGAGCGUGCAGACUCGAGCUCAUCCGAGAAGGCCUCGGACCUCCAGGCCAAGGAUGAGAAGAUCGCCUCGCUCGAGCUGGAAGUCGCAGCCCUCAAAGCAGACGCAGAGAAAACCAGCGUAGACCACUCGAACAACAUGGCUUCCCUCGGCGAAGAGCACCAGACUACCGUUGAGCAGCGCGUCCGCGAGGCCGAGCAAGCUGCACGGGACGCCCUCAUCAGCGAGCACGAGUCGCUUGUUACGACGCUUAAAACCUCUCACGAGGAAGCUAUCAGCAAGUUGCGCGAAGCCAGCGAGACCAGCCGUCAGUCUGACAGCGAGACAGCACAAAAGCAGCUGCAGGAGGCCAGGGACCAGCUCUCGAAGGUGCAGAAGGAGCUCGCUGAGGCGGAUGCACAGCACGAGGCCAAGGCGGUAGCGGCCAAGGAGCAGUUCGAUCAGCAGCUCAAGGACGCAUUCGAGAAGGCCCGCUCUGAGGCUGCCGAAAUGCACAGUAAGGACCUAGAGACCUACAAGACGUCCUCCUCCUCUGCUCUUGAAGAGCUCAAGCGUCACCACGCUGACGAGCUGGAGCGCCUCAGGCACGAUCACGGCGAGGCUAUGCGUUCUGCCAGCUCGGAGCAGGACUCGGCCAGCGGAACCCUCCGUCUCGACUUGGGCGCCGCACAGGACGACCUCAAGCAAGCACGCGCAGAACUCGCCAAGGCUACGGCCGAACUGGAGACCUUGCGUGGUACGAGCAAGGAGGACACUGAGCGCCGCACCGCAGUCGAAUCUGCGCUCGCUGACGCGAAAGUUGCGCUGGAUGCGGCGCAACAGGACAAGGUGAAGCGCAAAGAGGCUGAGGAUCUCGUGGUCGAGCUGCGUAAAGAAUUGGAGGACAGUAAGGAGGCAUUGAGGCAGACGCAGGAUAUGGUCUCGCAGCAGAUGGAGAUGAUGAGUCAGGCGAAGGAGACGGAAGGCAAAGAGCGAGCGGAGAGCUGGACGAAGGAACUUGAGGACAUCAAGGCGAAGCACAGGAAGGAGUUUGAGGAGGCGGAGGGCAGGCAUGAGAGGAUGGCGAUGCAGACUAUGGAGCUCAACGAUAAGAUUCAUGCUCUGGAGCGCUCGAAGGCCGAAGCGGACAAGCGCGCUGCUAAGGCAGAGGCGCAGCUCAGAGAGAAGGAAGAGGAAAUCGCGACGCACAAGUCUAAUGCUACUGCGGCAGACAACUCUCGUCCUCAAGCUCCCGAUGCCUCUGAGCUUGAGAAGCUGCACGCCGCCCAUCAAUCCCGCAUGACGGAGGAAGCUGAGCGUCACAAUGCUCGCUCGGAAGAGCUCAAAGCCCAGCUCGAAGCCAGCAGGCAGAAGGCCGACGAGCUCGAGAAACAGCUAGAGAGCGUGACGAUGGAGAAGCGAUUCUUGGAGCAGGAGGCCGAGGCUGACGGUGCCGGAGGUGAUAUUGGGAAGUUGAAGCAGGAGAUCGAGAAGUUGCAGGGAGAGUUGAAGGCUGCGCUCUCUGGCGCAGAGGCAAAUGGCAACGGCGUGGCGGCCACCACGGUCUAGGCAGGGGAGAGUACAUCGAUACCAAGCUAGCUUUUUUUCUUUUCUUUCUCUUUCAUCUUCGUUCCGACUAUUGCUCACAUUCGGACGAUCGAUGAGGCUAAGCAUCGUUGAUUUGACGCCUAAUAUUAAGACAGCUGUCCCACAAUCCUCCUCGGCGGCGAGCACCAAGGCGCUGGUACUUUUCGCCUUUCCUCCUC